UUAUUUGCCUGGCUAUAUCAAAACCCGGGACGCGACAGAAAUCCCGAGGCGUUUUCUUGGGUUUUGUUUCCGAUUCAAAGCUUAGUUUGGAAAUUUUUUUUUUUGUUUUUGUUUCCGGAUUCUUUGAAUUUGUAUGUUGUCGAAGAUAUGAGGAGAGAUGGAGGCGUUUGUCACCUGAAAUUUGAAUCCCUUUGGGCUGUUUCUUGAAAUUUAGGGGGCUUUUUUUUUUUCGGGGGGUGGGAGAAGAAGAAGCAGCCUGGGGUUAUGAUUAUAGCAGAAUUCGGAGAAUCGGUGCUGGUUUUUGUGCCCUGGUUAUUGUUGGCUUUGAUCUCGCGGGCUUUGGGGAUGAGGAAUAAUGAUGGCCAGAAGACGCGCGGCGACCAUUCGCCGCGAUCGGGCCGGGUUAAUGGCUUCAUCCCUAGUUCAUUUCGUGCUAUUUCGAGUUACUUGAGGAUCGUUUCCUCUGGAGCUUCGACUGUGGCACGGUCGGCGGCCGCAUCAGUGGCGUCGUCGAUUGUGGAUAGGGAUGGUGAUUCUGGCCACGAUCAGGUGCUCUGGGCUGGAUUUGACAAGUUAGAGGGUAAAGGUGAUGUUAAUAGGAGAGUUCUCCUGCUCGGAUACCAAUCUGGCUUCCAAGUUUGGGAUGUCGAAGAAGCUGAUGAUGUGCGCGACCUAGUAUCUAGACAUGACGGUCCUGCCUCAUUCAUGCAAGUGUUACCAAAUCCAGUUUCAUCAACUAAAUUGGAGGACAAGUUUUAUGAGAGCCGACCCCUGCUGGUAGUCUGUGGUGACAGUUCUGGAGGCCAUAACUUCCAGGAUGGGUUCACCACUCACCACAAUGGAAACAUGCCUAACAACAAUGAUAAUAUUUUUGUGCCUACUACUGUUCGGUUCUAUUCCUUGAGGUCUCAAUCGUAUCCACAUGUUCUAAAGUUCAGAUCUGCUGUUUAUUCUGUGAGGUGCAGCUCUCGCGUUGUUGCUGUUUCUCAAGCGGCUCAGAUACACUGUUUUCAUGCCACAUCUCUAGAAAGGUCAUAUACUAUUCUUACAAAUCCUGUCGUCUCGGGCCCUCCUGGUGUUAGUGGUGUAGGCUAUGGGCCUCUGGCUGUGGGUCCUAGGUGGCUGGCUUAUAGUGGAAGUCCAGUUAUAAUUUCAAACGGGGGACGUGUCACUCCACAGCCUCUCCAAUCUUCUACGAGCUUUUCUGGUUUGGUUUCAAACGGUAGCCUGGCGGCGCACUAUGCCAAAGAAUCAAGCAAGCAUCUUGCAGCUGGGAUUGUGACUCUUGGAGACAUGGGUUAUAAGAAGCUAUCCAGAUAUUACUCUGAGCUUCGACCUGAUAGCAGCUCUCCACUGUCUGGGAGUUGUGGCCGGAAAGGCGCUGGAGUGGUCAAUGGUCAUCCUCAAGAUGCCAAUUUUGUUGGGAUGGUCAUUGUCAGGGAUAUCAUAAGUAAAUCUGUGGUUGCACAGUUUAAGGCGCACAAGAGCCAUGUUUCUGCAUUAUCCUUUGAUCCUAGUGGGACCAUUCUAGUUACUGCCUCAGUCACGGGUCACAACAUAAAUGUCUUCAAAAUAACGCCAGUGUUUGCUGGAACCUCCACUUCUUUUGAUGUGGGAUCAUCUUGUGUGCACCUCUAUCGGUUGCAACGGGGUUUAACCAACGCUGUUAUCCAGGAUAUAAGUUUUAGUGAUGACAGCUGUUGGAUAAUGAUUAGUUCCUCAAGGGGAACAGGCCAUCUGUUUGCUAUAGAUCCUUCUGGAGGAUCAGUUAGCUUUCAGUCGGCUGAGUCAACUUUUGCUGCUCAGAAUGGUGGAUGGGGUGUUGCAACUAAGUCAGCUGUUCGGUGGCCACCUACUGCAGACUUACAAAUGCCUAGUCAACAGAAUAUUUGUGGGGCAGGUAAUCCAGUUACACUCUCUGCUAUAAGCAGAAUAAGAAAUGGAAACAAUGGAUGGAGAGGUACUGUAAGUGGCGCAGCCGCAGUCGCAACUGGCAAGUUUCAUUCCCUGCCAGGGGCUAUUGCUUCAUGCUUUUACAUAUGCAAAAGGAGUGAUUCUUAUGCAGAUCGAAAUUCCUCAAAGGCCAAGUACCACCUACUAGUAUUCUCCCCUUCUGGUUGUAUGAUACAAUAUGCAUUGCAAAUAUCAAAUGUACUAGAUUCCAUGCCAACACUGGCUGAAGUGGGGAAUGCAUAUGAAUCAGAAGCAGAUUGUGAUGGAAGAAUGGUGGUUGAGGCAAUUCAGAAAUGGAAUAUAUGUCAGAAACAUACAAGGAGAGAACGGGAAGACAACUUUGACAUAUAUGGUGAGAAUGGAAGUGCAGAUAGCAAGAAGAUAUACCCUGAAGGAAUCAUCAAGGGAAGUUGCAAUUCUGUUGUUGGAAUCGAUGCAGCAGCAAAGAUAAGGAUUAGUUUUGAAGAAAAGCAUCAUUUUUAUAUUUCAGAAGCUGAACUUCAGAUGCACCAAGCUCAGAUACCAUUGUGGGCAAAACCUGGGAUCAUCUUCCAGUCAAUGGUGGCAGAAGACGUCAAAUCGGAUGAAGAAAAUGCUUCAGAAGGGGAGAUUGAGGUUGAAAAGAUCUCAUCCCACAUAAUUGAAGCAAGGUCAAAGGACUUAGUUCCAGUUUUUGACUAUCUUCAAAUGUCCAAGAAUCAACAUGCCAGAAUUGUGAACUUAAGCAGCUACAGCAAUGGGCGACUACAGCAUCAGACAUCUGCACUGUCAGAGAAAGGCAAGCUUUCUUUCAGGAGCAGCCUUAAAGGCAGUAACUUUGCUGUGGCACAACAGGACAGUGUUGAAGAGACUGCUCUAUAUGGUCUCGUGAUGCCCGAAGAAAGUAAGGAUUUUGUAAAUGGUAAUGUUAGCAUGGAUCCCGAGACCGGGGCUGAGACUGUAAAUAAAAGGGAGAGCACGAAAUUGGAGGAUCCUCCUAAAAAUGUAAAUAGCAACAAAGAAGGCUCGACGAUGGACAAUAAUUUUGAAGAUGAAGGCGAUGAGCUUGAUUAGAGGUGUGAAACUAUUCUUUUAUUCCUCUGGGAGACUUGUUCACUGUUAAUAUUUGUGGGUUGUGGAAGACAGGCGCAAAUGACCUGAAGGAAAUUGUACAUAGCAUGUAUGUGGGCUUCUAAUUCUAAGUAGUCUCUGUACAUAACUGACAGUAUAUAAUCAGUUGUAACACAUAUAGACGACCACUUGUUCUAGUUGCUAUUGUGUGAUGCAUUAAA